ACUGAGAUUUAGAGUAGUGUUAUGAGCCUAGCUGGCUCAGGUCGAGUCAUAUGUUCCCUCGCCACAUGUUUUAAAUUUUUUUUUCCACUGGGGGAGGAAACCAGAGCUCAGUUCCUGCUGAUGAUUCACAGACUGUGCCCAGACUGAGUAUGGGCGCUUUCUCUUUCUUUUACAACUCUGGGACGUUCUUGUAGAGAUAGUUAUGAAACAGACUUUUGGGAGUGAGAUUUUUUUUGCUUGCAUGCAUGGACAGCUCUUUAUUUGGACAGUAAACUUGUGGAUUUGAAGCCUGAGGAGUUUUACCCUUCUGCCAGGGAGCAUCGUCACAUCACCAGGUUCCUCUACUCUGUCCAUAAGUUUGCUUGCCCCAGGGAGGACGUGUUAGAGCUUGUCUAGGGGUACUUUGAGAAUCAGUUUACAUGGAAAUUCUUCAGCAUUGUCCUUUCUGGAUUUCAUCCAAUAGUGGUUCCUGCUGAGUCUUGCUCACAUAGCGAUGUUUGAGACUUAUUUUUUCUUAUGAUUUCAAGAUUUUUUUAUUAUCAGCACACAACCACCACAAGGCACUAGCACCGACUGAAACAGAAGGAGGAUUAAAUGGCUGCACUUUUGGCAGAACAUUUCAAAUUUGCUUCUCUCUUCUUCAAGAGCAAGGAUGUCGUGAUCUUCAAUGGCCUCAUAGCCCUGGGCACAGUGGCCAGUCAGACGGCAUAUAACAUUUUUGCCUUUGAAUGUCCAUGCUCUCCAGAGAGGAAUUACCUGUACGGGCUGGCAGCUAUCGGUGUACCUGCGCUGGCUUUCUUCAUCAUUGGAGUCAUGCUCAAUCGAAAUACAUGGGACCUUGUGUCAGAGUGUCGCCUCAGAAGAUGCCAGAAGUUCUCUGGGGCAGCCGCCUUCGCUCUGCUGGGGUCGAUAGUGGGCCGAGCAUUAGUGGCCCCUGUUACCUGGUCUGUCCUCUCACUCCUCAGAGGGGAGGCCUAUGUGUGUGCCAUCAGCGAGUUUGUAGACCCUCAGUCCAUGGAGAACUUUCCGGUCACUUACCAGAACCAGAAAAUCAUGGCCCGCUUUCCAUGUAAAGAUGUGCCUGCUGAGGUGUUGCCAUUCUAUGCAGAAAUUCACCGUCGACUCAAGUAUGAAUCUCAGCUGCUGGGCUGGCUGUUGGUGGGUGUCAUCUCCAUUGGCGUGUUUUUAAUGCUGUGCCUGAAGCACUGCUGCUCUUCCCUGGGCUACCAGCAGGAGGCAUACUGGGCCAGCUACCGCUCCAAUGAGCAAACUCUCUUCCAGCGCACUGCUGAUGCUCAUUCUAAAAUCCAAGCUGCUGAGAGUGUAAAGAGCUUUUUUGGGUUUGUGGCCCUUGAGAGUGAAGAAAAAGACCUUCUGGCAAAGUGCCAGGGAGCCAAAAGUGAUAUUCCCAGUAUGGAGUGGGGUCGCAUCACAGGAGCAUACUUGUACAGGGAGAAUAAAGGAGCUCCACUCUACAGUCGCCUCAAUAAAUGGUCCAGUUACAAAAAGGAAGGCAACAAUAAGGCCAUUGCAGAAGAGAUGGACAUGUUAUGCUAAAAUGUUACACUGUGACACUUUUACACAUUUUCUGUAGAUAACUGUUCUUUGAACUUUGACAUCUUUAUUAAUUAUUAAUUAUUAAAUAUAUGUGCUUGUUACUGAUAAUGUGUUUAAUACUCAAUUCAUACCUGAUUGAAUUUAUAUUUUUUACACUCUUGGGUUUUUGGUGGGAUCUUAGUGAUUACAACAUGUUAGUUAUGUGUCAGCUAUUCUCUCAGGGCUAGAUGUAAAUAUAUGCAAACCAAAUGCUGUUCAAAUAAACUGACUUCUUUGUUUCCAACAGUG